CUUUGCAGAACUCUGUUCUGUCUUAGUUCUCAAUUGUCAGCUAAGUCUCCUCCGGGAGUUUAAUCGGCCUAAAUUUUUUAUUUUAUUUGAAGAUAAAGCUGCCUGUCCGGAAGGCAGAGACCCGGCAAAGGAACAAAGAGAACUUCAGUUUAGCACUGGGUUCUGAACUUCUGCCGAUCGAUCUAGCCAAUUUGUGUAAAGAAAUGUAUGCUUUUGUUGGUGACAACGUGUGCGUUGACCCCCAUAAUAGGAAGGAAGAUUUCCAAAGCUCUCUCAAAUCUCAAUGACCUUAAAUUAACCUAGUCACUGAAGUUAGCCCUACUUGUUUUUGACAUUUUUGGUCACUGUUAUCUCGUGACGAGAAAGAAUUUUUUAUUAAUGGAGUUUGCUUCAAACUGUUUUGCUUAACCCUUUGGGCAAAAGAUUACUAAUUUUUCAAGCAAGCGGAGGACUUUAAUUGGUUGAUUUUUGGUUCUAUUUGGAUUUUAACACUUACAUAAAAUCGUUUGCAAUGCUUUGUUCAAACUUGGUACCCUCGUCCUUACGAUUCAAAUUCAUCUUUUCAUAAAGAUAACUUAAAUUGUAAGAGAUUUGUCUGAACUUGGAGAUUGAUGCUUUGUAACGCGGGAUUGGCAUGUUAGGACAGGUUGAUCUAGAAUCUCGGUAGUGUUCACUCGCAAUUACAGUACUGUACAAUGCCUGUCCGGAAGCUCAAAGCUCAAUGAAAAUUUAAAAGUAGGAGCAUCAGCCAUGUGCCCCAAGCUCAAAAUCUUCCGAUCCCCUUUUCUUCAACUCUUUUUUUUUAUUAAAAUAUAUGUGACCUUGGUCAAAUUCACCUUCAUUUUCAAGUUUCAGGAAAUUUCUAUAUUUGAUUAAUUUGUUACUCAUCUUCCAACAGAGUAAUUUCUUGUAUAGUAAGCAUUUUCUGAUUUCUUGCUGGGACGACUCACUAGGUCCCUUUUAUUUGUUAGAUUGAACUGCGAUUGGAGAUGAUACUUCUCAGUCUUAAUGAGAUAAAGAUGCCAAAACUAAAUAGCAUGGGGAAGUUGGGAACAUGGAAGAGUGUUCACAGGACUAUCUUUAUACUAGGUACUUGUGCUCUUCUCGUUUCUGUUGCUACCUUGUCUAGAUCUUACUCUAUUAAAUCUCUCCUUGUUACUGAUUCCUUCUGCAAUCAUGUAAAUCCUGAGAAUCCAAGUAGAAGUGAAGGCGAUGUGAGAGUAAAUUUUGAGUCUGUUACUCAAAGAAUUCGACAAGAAAUGAAUGAGUUGAGAGGCAUGGCGCAAGAGUCAUCAUCAUCAGAAAUCUUGGUGAGACACAGUGCUUUUCUUGCUGAUAUUCUCGGUCUAAUUGAGUCAAUGCAGGCAUCUUUGACAUCAACUAGACAGCAGAACACUGAAAACAAGGCCGUCCAUCCCCUGGUGAAAUCAAGUCAACAAUCUGAUGACCCUGCGGACUACUUUCUGAUUGAAGAGAUUCGAAAGUAUGUCAGGGUCAAGCCAAACAGAUUAGGAAAACAGAACUUCAUGGGAGCUAAUGGCACAUUCACAAGUAUUGGUCACACUUGUUUUGCGAUGAAGAGAGAGCUAGAAGAGUACAUGGAUUACGAUGUUGGUGAAAUCUGCAAUGAUGACUGGAAACUAGCUCAGAAACUAAUGAUUCAUGGUUGUGAUCCACUACCAAGAAGAAGGUGCCUUGCAAGAGCCCCAAAGCUAUACAGCCAGCCAUUCCCCAUUACCGAGUCCAUGUGGAAGCUUCCUGAUGAUCGCAAUGUUCGAUGGAGUGGAUACAGAUGCAAGAACUUCACUUGUCUGGCAAACAAUGCUACUCGCAAGGGAUUCUUCAAAUGUGCAGAUUGCUUCAAUCUUUCAGAUCAUGAAAUGCCCAGAUGGAUUAAGCCAGUGGAUUUAGACCCUGAAACAAAUUUGACAGCAGAUUUUUUUAUACCUGAAGUGCUGGAUAUCAAGCCUGGGGAGAUUAGAAUUGGAUUGGAUUUCAGUGUAGGAACUGGGACUUUUGCAGCCAGGAUGAGAGAGUUCAAUGUCACGAUAGUUUCAGCAACAAUCAACCUUGGGGCACCUUUUAAUGAGAUGAUAGCUCUUCGAGGACUAGUGCCACUUUAUUUGACUAUAAAUCAGCGCCUCCCAUUCUUCGACAACACCCUGGAUUUGAUACAUACGACGAGAUUUCUUGAUGGUUGGAUUGAUUUUGUACUCCUUGACUUUGUGCUGUUUGAUUGGGAUAGAGUUUUGAGGCCAGGGGGUUUGCUCUGGAUUGACAGUUUUUUCUGUUUGAAGGAAGACUUGGACGAUUACUUGGAGGCAUUCAAGGUUCUAAGGUACAGAAAACACAAAUGGACAGUUGUUCCAAAGCGAGAUAAAGAUGAUCGAGAGGUGUUCUUUUCUGCUGUAUUAGAGAAGCCGCCAAGGCCAUUCCGAUGACCAUAUACAUUGUAGUAUCGUACUGUUAUGUUCAUUAUACAUCUAUAGCCAUGCGGUUCAAAAUUUUCAUGUAAGAAUGCAGGCAAAAAAUUGCAUCCAGAACUGGUUCUAGUUCCUUAUCAAAAUGUUUGUAGAAGCCAAUCUAGAAACAUUACACUAAUUUCUGCAUUCUGGUAUUUGUUGUAUUUGUUUGUAUUGAGCAAUGCUACACAUGUGGACAAAACCUAGAUGGGUGUAAAUUUGCCUACAAAUUGUAAUCUUUUGAGGUACGGACAGAGAAACAAUCGGAGGAAUAAGAAGGCAUAUCAUGAUAAGAAGCAUCUCUUUUUGGUGAGGCUGUCCUUUUCUUCGCUGACAGUGAGUGUGGCUGUUGAGACAGAUUUUUCCACAUUCAAUGGGCCAAAGCUUGUAAAAAUGGAAUCGGGCCACCAAAACAGAUAAAAGUAACCAUUUGCUACUG